UUGAGUCACUCUCUCUGCCGCGCAGCAUCACCUCUCAUUCCUCCUUCUCUCCCUCACUUCGCUGCUGACGUCGUUCCUCUUCUGCGAGUCUCACUUCUCGCGCUUGUCUCGUGCGCAGGAUUACCGGAGGCGCGCGCGCGCGGAAUGGAUUAAAGACCGAAACCAAGAAAGGACGAACUGUUUUAUCUGACAGGUGCUGAGAAAGAAACGGGAGAAGAGAAAGAGUCCAGCCUUCCUCCUCCUUCUCCUCCUCCUCCUCCUCCUCGCGCCGAGCCGGAGAGCGAGCCUGAAGUGCGGAGCGCUGAGCGGAGCCCGGAUGACUUUUCAGCACCGCUCGCGUUUGGAUCAGAUCUGGAUUUGCUGAGAGAGAAGGAAAAGAAAGAGAUCAUGAAGAUGUCUCCUCCGGACCGAAGGAAAAGCAUUCGCGAGCUGGCGCUGGAGGUUGGGAUCCGGGUGCUGCUGUUCGGAGUUUUUGUGUUCACCGAGUUUCUGGAGCCCUUUGAAAGAGUGAUCCAGCCUGAGGAGCUGUGGCUUUACAAGAAUCCUCUGGUGGAAUCCGAUCGCAUCCCCAAGAGAGUCAUGUUCGCUAUAUCAUUCCUCACUCCUCUGGCUGUGAUAAUCGUGGUGAAGAUUAUACAACGGACAGAUAAGACGGAAAUCAAGGAGGCGUGUUUGGCUGUGUCUCUCGCACUGGCACUGAACGGCGUCUUCACAAACACCAUCAAGUUGAUAGUUGGCAGGCCAAGACCGGACUACUUCCAUCGCUGCUUCCCUGAUGGCCAGAUGAAUGCCAAAAUGCUGUGCACAGGAGAGCCGGACAUGGUAUCCGAGGGCCGCAAGAGUUUUCCCAGCAGCCACUCCUCCUUUGCUUUCUCCGGCCUGGGCUUCACCUCUUUCUACUUGGCGGGCAAGCUGCAGUGCUUCACGGACAGCGGGCGCGGGCGCAGCUGGCGCCUCUGCGCCAUGAUCCUGCCCCUCUACAGCGCCAUGAUGAUCGCCCUGUCCCGCACCUGCGACUACAAGCACCACUGGCAAGAUGCCUUCGUUGGGGGAGUGAUCGGCCUGCUCUUCGCUUAUGUCUGCUACCGCCAGCACUACCCGCCUUUCCUCCACACAGACUGCCACUUGCCUUACGCCACCCUGGCACUGAGCGCCGCCCAGCAAGCGCCAAUCACCCAGGAGCAGCCUCAGCCCACAGACAACGCCACCAGCCUGCCUCUGGAGGGCAUGACCGAAGGGCCUGUAUGA